UUUUUUAUAAACAAACCACCUCAAAACCAUCAAACUCUCUCUAAGUGCAAACUCCAAACUCCUUCUUCUUCUUCUUCUCCUCAAAAGAAAGCAGAAAAUAUCAUGGAACAAGCAGAACACAAGAACCUUCAAACUUUAAGCCAAUUUACAAGAUACCAGUUCUUAAAGAACAUAACCCAAUUGUUACUUUCUGUAUCAGUUUUUUCUUUAAUAUUAUCAAACUCUGCUAGACUUUCUUUCCUCCAUUCUUUCAACUUCUGCUUCUCUACUGUCCCUGUCCAGCUCUUUAGCCACACCAUUGAUAAGAAAUGCUUGUUCCUCAUCUGUAAUGGACUUUUAGUUUUCGUUGCCAAAUUCUCUGGUUUGGUUACUACUUCUGAUGAUAACAAUAAUGAUAAUUCUUCCUCAAAGAACUAUAACAGCCAUAAUAACAGCAUUGGCUACUCUGUAAAGAACUAUGAAGAUGAUGAGCCACCAACACUAAAAUUGGACUCGUCAAAAUCGCCAAUGCUAGAGAAUACAGAAGAUUUAAUGGAUCAAGAAAAUGUUUCUGCUGCUGCUGCUGAGGUGGAAACAAGAGAAAAUGAUAAAGAAAUAGAAGAAGAAAAAGAAAGUGAAUUUCUUGUUCAAGAAGACGACGGUGGUCAAGAAGAGGUCAAAGAGUUCGAUGACAAGUUUCUUAUUCAUGAAGACUAUCAAGAAGAAGAAGAAGAAGAAGAUUAUGAGGAAGAAGAAGAAAAUGGAAUGUUGAGUACGGAGGAGUUGAAUAAGAAAUUUGAAGAAUUUAUUAGAAAGAUGAAAGAAGAACUAAGAUUUGAAGCCCAACAGCAAUUGAUUAUGGUUAAUUAAUUAAAUAAUUAUUAUUAUUAUGGUAGAUAAAAUAAUAUUAAAGCAAGAAAAAAGCUCCAGACAGAGCUAGUUGCUUUCUUGAAUUAAUCGCUUGUGAAUUAAUCAUAAAUGUUUUUUCUUGUUGUUUUGCAUUUCCUUUUUGUAAAAUUUAGAAUAUCCUAUUAAAAUCAAUGUAUUUUGUAGUUUCAGUAAAUGUAAAAACUUUUGUUUUUAUAUA